AUGGAAUACAUUCUCAAUAAACUGAACAUCGAGAAAGGGUCAAGGGGUGCUCGUAUUGUGAAGAACACAAUUAGUGACUGUGAAAUGGAAGGCGUCAGAGGAGAGGAAAAACUUUGCGUAACAUCAUUGGAGUCCAUGAUUGAUUUCAUUACUUCUAAACUUGGGAAAAAUGUUGAGGCUUUUUCAACAGAAAUUAACAAAGAAAAUGUGUUUCAACAUUAUACCAUAGCAGAAGGAGUGAAGAAGUUGGGGGAUAAGAACAAAGUCGCUGUGUGCCACAAACUGAGUUACCCUUAUGUAGUGUUUUAUUGCCACGAAACAAAUACAACUAAGGGUUACUCAGUUCCUUUGGAGGGUGCUGAUGGAAGCAGAGUUAAAGCUAUUGCUGUGUGUCACACUGAUACAUCAGAAUGGAACCCGGAUCAUUUGGCAUUUCAAGUCCUCAAAGUUAAACCUGGAACUGUUCCGGUUUGCCACCUCCUACCUCAGGAUCAUGUUGUUUGGAUUUCCAAGUAG